CUAGACCAGUUCUCGGAAAUCUAGACGGGCUGUGACUGAAACAGCGAGCAGUCUUCCCUCUUAAAUACAGCGCACACACUGAAAUCUCCUCUCUCUCCGACUUCAGAGGCUGCAGGAACAACAGAUUCCACCCUUGAUUCUGUCCUGAGCAGCGAGAAAGUUCGACUUGUUUCAGAGACAGAAAGGAUAGUUCCUCUCGCAAAGCCAAGUGAAGACAGAGCCCCACGGAACAUGGAGAAUCCCGUGUGUUUGAUCGAGAACAGUGAGUCUGGUGAACUGCUCAUCAACCAGAAGGCUGUGGACGAUAUCCUGUCGAAGAUCAAGCAGCCCGUUGUGGUGGUAGCGAUCGCUGGUCUGUACCGUACCGGCAAAUCCUACCUCAUGAACAAACUCGCUGACAGGCGGAAAGGUUUCUCCCUGGGAUCCACCAUCCAGUCCCAAACGAAAGGCAUCUGGAUGAUGUGUUUGCCUCACCCGCUCCAGCGCGAUCAUUGCCUCAUCUUAUUGGAUACUGAAGGCCUCGGAGAUGUGGAGAAGGGCAAUACAAACAAUGACGCCUGGAUCUUUGCGCUCUCUGUGCUCCUGAGCAGUAUGCUGGUCUACAACAGCAUGGGCACCAUCGAUCAGUACGCACUCGACAAGCUCCAUUACGUUACAGAGCUGACCGACCUCAUCAAAGUGAAAUCGGGGGGAGGGGAGGACGAGUCCCCAGAGUUCACUCGCUUCUUCCCGGCUUUUGUCUGGAGCGUGCGGGAUUUCUCCCUGGAGUUGAAGUUGGAUGGCAAGAAGGUGACGGAGGACGGGUACCUGGAGAGCGCUCUCAAGCUGAAGCACGGCACCAGUAAAAGUAUCCAGCAGUACAACCUGCCGAGGGAGUGCAUCAGGAAUUACUUCCCCAGUCGCAAGUGUUUUGUGUUUGACAGACCGGCCGAUAAGGAGACAAUGUGGAGCCUGGAGCAGGUCGCAGAUUCCCAGCUGGAUCCUGAGUUUGUGAAACAGACCCAGACAUUUGUCCAGUAUGUGUACAGCACGGCCCGGACCAAGACAUUGAAAGGAGGGCACCCAGUGACUGGCCGGAUGCUGGGAGCCCUCGCUGUCACCUAUGUGGAUGCUAUCCGUAGCGGGCAGAUCCCAUGCCUUGAGAGCGCGGUGCACACACUGGCAGACAUUGAGAACACGGCCGCUGUACAGGAGGCAGCUCAGGCCUACCAGGAAUGGAUGGAAAAACGGGUCAGUCUCCCCACAGAGACGGUGGAGGAGCUAUCAAAGGUCCACAACCAAGUUCUCCCUGAGGCCCUGAAGCUGUUCAUGAGGCGCUGCUUCAAUGACAAAGGCCAGAGGUACCAGGAGCAGUUUACGAAAGAAGUGGCAAAAAUGUACGCAGCCAUUUGUGAGAAGAACAGAGAAAUGUCUGUGGAUAUCUCGAGCAGAGCCAUCUCGGACCUGGCAGCUGCGGUCCAGAAGAACAUCAAACAAGGAUAUUACACUAAUGCAGGAGGAUACUCCAAGUAUCAGAAAGACAUGGCGAAACUUGUGAAGCAGUACCGAGCAAAACCGAGGAAAGGGGUCCAGGCCGAGCAAGUCCUCGAAGACUUUCUGAGAAACAUGCAGCAAUUCUCGGAUUCCCUUCGACAAGUCGACCAGACCAUGACAGAAUGGGAGAAGGAAAUUGCAGGUACAGUCACCCUUUGGCCACGGGCCUUUGCUGCCACAGGUCGGUCAACUGCUCACCCAGGGGUCAAAGGGCACCAUGGGGUGGCAUCACAGGUAGGCAGUGUGGUGAUGAGGGCAUUUAGAACGCUCGGCAUCAUUGCCCAGACCAUUGAGUUGGCACGGCGUGUCGGGACGAUGCAGGGUGUUGGACAGUAUAAAUUUGCAGAGGGUUUAGAUAAGAUUUGCCAGGAUGUCACCGGGACUGGAGAGUUCGAGUUGGAAGGAGAUGAUCGGUAUGCUGGGACGUUUUUGCCGCUGGAGAAUGGGAGGGUGAGGCGCGACCUCAUAGAGGUGUAUAAAAUCACGCAGGCCAGAGAUAAGGGGAGUAACAAUGGUCUACCUGUUGCCGAUGUUGGUGGAGCUGCACAGGAGAAGGCGGAAAUGGCAGAGCAGGAGCAGAAAGUAGCCGAAGAGGAGAGACGUGCCACUGAGCAGCGUCUGUUCGACGAGAGGCGGGCGAUGGAGGAGAAUCUCGCUCAGCUGAAAGAGAAAGCAAAGCAAGAGCAGGCCCAACUGCUCGAGGAACAUGAGAAAGUCCUGAACCAGAGGCUCCAGGAGCAGGAGAAGCUGAUCAAGGAUGGAUUCCAGGGCCGUGCGGAUGAACUGCAGCAAGAGAUCGACUCUCUGAAAAAGGAGAAGGAUAAGGCAGCAUCCCCUUCCUUUGUGGAUAUGGCUAUUGACACAGCAAUUCUAACAGCACCUGGCUUUUACAAAGCUAUCCCAAUCACUGCCAAAGUAGGGAAAUUUCUGUGGAAUAAGUUCUUCUGAGUGUCUUGCACCUUUAUCCUUCCGAACCCCCUACUUAUUCCUCUGAUGAGUGGAAAUAAAGAGUAAAAUGACCAUAAUAAUUGAAAGUCUUGCCUCCUCACAAGGUACUGAGUUGUUCACACCAGUUGUUCAGUGGGAAAGCUAAAUAAAAUGUACAAAUGACACAGA